GAGUUUUGACUACUUUUGACACGUCAGAAUUCAGAUUCUAUAUUUUAUCUAAAUUAAAAUGAAGAUUUAUUUAAUUUUAGGCCUAUUUUUGUGCGCUACCAUAGCCUUAGCACAGCAAGAUACGCUUGUGUUAGUUGAUAAUCUAAAUAUCAAAGAGACUCAUUCACAGUUUUUCAAGUCUUUACAAGAACGAGGCUACACUCUUACAUUCAAGCUAGCAGAUGAUUCUAAUUUGGUGCUUUCUAAAUACGGAGAGUAUCUGUACAAAAACUUGAUAGUAUUUUCACCCACUGUGGUUGAAUUCGGUGGUCAAAUCGACACAGAAGCGAUAACAAAGUUCAUUGAUGAAGGGGGAAAUGUCCUUAUUGCUGGUAAUGCCGCCGCUAGUGACGUAUAUCGGGAAAUUGCAUCAGAAAAUGGUUUCGAGAUGGAUGAAGAAUCAGCAGCUGUAAUAGAUCAUUUUAACUUUGAUACUUCGGAUGAUGGUGAUCAUACUAGAAUUGUUGUGUCUCCCAAGAAUCUGAUCAAUGCUCCCGCAAUCAUUGGGACUCAGAACACCAAUCCAGUACUGUUUGAGGGCACUGGUCUUAUCAUUGAUAAGGAAAACACCUUAGUUCUGCCCAUCCUCACUGCUGACAGCACUGCUUACAGCUACAAUCCAAAGAAUCAGGUGAAGGAUUAUCCCCAUGCAGUUGGGCGUAACACUGUUCUGAUAGCAGCACUACAAGCCAGGAACAAUGCGCGCAUUGUGUUCAGUGGCUCACUGUUCUUCUUCUCUGAUGAAGCAUUUAACUCACCAGUUUCUAAAGUGCAUGGUGAAAAACUGAAGUCUGAUGUGUCAGGUAACAAAGAGCUGGCAACUCAUCUGAGCGCUUGGGUGUUUGGAGAACGUGGUAGACUGCGUGUGCGUCGUGUGGAUCACCAUCGCCAAGGAGACAACACUUCCUCCAAUACCUACACUAUUACUGACACUGUGGUAUAUCGAAUCGAAAUUGAAGAAUUGAAAAACGGGAAAUGGCAGCCAUUUGAAGGGAAUGAUGUUCAACUGGAAUUUGUAAGAAUUGACCCCUUCAUCAGAACUACUCUACAGAGAAAGCCAAAUGGCGUGUAUGAAGGUAUAUUCAAGGUCCCAGAUGUGUGGGGAGUGUACCAGUUCAAAGUUGAUUAUGAUAGAGUCGGCUAUACCAGGCUCUAUCACUCAACACAGGUGUCAGUGCGCCCACUACAGCACACUCAGUAUGAAAGGUUCAUACCAAGUGCAUACCCAUACUAUGUGAGCGCAUUCUCCAUGAUGAUUGGAGUGUACAUAUUUUCAUUUGUUUUCCUUUAUUACAAAGAUGAUUCUCCAAAGUCUAAGAGUGAAUAAAUCAAUUAUUUAUUUUAAGUGUGAUGUGAAUGGUGAAUGAUUAAAUAAUUUUUACUA